ACAGUGCGCAUGCAGUAGGAAGCUAGCUGGUUUUUUCCAACUUUGAAAUCUAUGUAAAACCACACCAUUAUAAAUAACCAAACAAACACGUAUUAUUCAUUCCUAUUUUUAACAUUUCAUCUUCUUUUUAAAACUUCUAACUUUUGAUUCAGUAAACAAACAAAUUAACCAACCAACAACAAUGAAGUUUGGAAAAGAAUUUGCUUUACAAACGGUACCCGAAUGGCGAGAAGCAUACAUGAAUUACAACUACCUCAAGACUCUCUUAGAACAAAUCUUGAUAUUUCGGCAGCGGCAGCCACCUGAGAGUCAAGCGAACCGGCCGAACCUGUCGCGGUCGUUAAAGAGGAAGGUGUCACUAUUCAGAGCUUUUAGUGGACUAAGGAAUACAAGCUUAAGAAAACAUAAAGAAGAUGAAGUAAUUGUGGUAAAUGCAAUGCAGCAAGCAGAUGAAGAACAAGGUGGUGAAGGGGGUCUGAGUUACCAAACGAUUUUUCUUCGGUCAUCCGAAGAAGGAGGCGAUUUAGAGCUUGUGUUUUUUAAAAGACUUGAUAAUGAAUUUAAUAAGGUUAUUCAUUUUUAUAAAACUAAAGUGCAAGAGGUGGUGAAGCAGGCUGAUGAGCUGAGUAAUCAAAUGGAUGCUCUCAUUGCUCUUAGAAUUAAAGUUAACAAUCCAAUAAUUGAGGUUGUUCAUGAUUCUGGUGAGCACAAGAUGGCUUCUUUAGAUGUUUUAGAUCGCGUAAAGAUCAACGCAAUCAUAGACACACCGAUGUCCACCGUUAGAAGUGUUUUCAAUAAUUUGAAUUUGGAUUUGAACUACAACAAAAAUGAACUUAAAGAUGCUCAAGGAAAGUUGAAGCAGGCUUUUCUUGAGUUGUAUGAAAAGCUUCGGUUUUUAAAGAACUACGCUUAUUUGAACCAAAUGGCUUUCUCCAAGAUCAUGAAGAAAUAUGAUAAGAUUACAUCAAGAAAUGCUUCUGAUGCUUACUUGCAGAUGGUUGAAGAAUCUUACUUGAGCCAAUCUGAUGAGGUGGCUAAGCUCAUAGAGAGAGUUGAAGCAGUAUUCAUAAAGCACUUCUGUAACGGAGACCGUCAACUAGGAAUGAACACCUUAAGGCCGAAAUCUAAAAGAGAGAAGCACCGGGUUUCAUUCUUUGUCGGUUGCUUCUUUGGAUGCUCGUUAGCACUUGUAGCCGCGAUCAUUAUAAGUAUACACGCUAGAGAUCUUCUCCAGGGUGAAGGACAAACUAAGUACAUGAACACCAUCUUUCCACUAUACAGCUUAUUUGGAUUUCUGGUGUUGCAUAUGCUAAUGUAUGCCGGAAAUGUCUACUUUUGGGCGCGUUAUCGCGUCAAUUACUCAUUUAUAUUUGGAUUCAAGCAGGGAACAGAAUUGGAUUUCAAACAAGUUCUGCUCCUCACUUUUGGUCUAUCAGUUCUCAUUCUUUCAACUGCACUCGCAAAUCUUGAAAUGGAAAUGGAUCCAGAAACUCAAAGUUACAAAGCAUUGACUGAAUUACUCCCUCUAGGCUUAGUCAUUGUUGUAGUUUUGAUGGCAAUCUGUCCAUUUAACAUCUUGUAUCGCACAAACCGUUUCUUCUUCUUGACUUGUGUAUGGCACUGCCUUUGUGCUCCUCUUUAUUUAGUCACUCUCCCUGAUUUCUUCUUGGCUGAUCAGUUUACCAGUCAGGUCCAGUUAUUGAGGAAUGUGGAAUUCUAUGCAUGUUACUAUGGCUGGGGAGAUUUCAAGAAGAGGGAUGCGGCAACUUGCAACGACAGUAACGUUUAUAAAAUUAUUUCUAUCGUUAUCGUUGUUGUCCCAUACUGGAUUCGAUUUCUACAGUGCAUACGAAGGUAUUUUGAAGGGCGUGAUUCUACACAAGCCAUGAAUGGACUCAAAUACUUAUCCACCAUUGCUGCGGUUGUUUCAAGGACAGUCUAUACUCAAAAGAGAGGGACAACCUUAAAGAUUAUCGCUGCAUCAACCUCAGGUGUCGCAACAAUUUUCAGUACCUAUUGGGAUUUAGUGAUGGAUUGGGGUCUGCUAUGCAGGAAUUCUGAAAAUCCAUGGUUGAGGGAUAAACUUAUUGUGCCCAACAAAUCCGUCUACUUCAUAGCAAUGGUACUAAACGUGAUACUGAGACUUGCCUGGAUGCAAACUGUAUUGGAUUUCAACGAAGCCUCUUUCCUCCAUAGAAAUGCUCUUAUUGCAGUAGUUGCGAGUUUGGAGAUCAUUCGACGUGGCAUAUGGAACUUCUUCAGGUUGGAGAAUGAGCAUUUGAACAACGUUGGGAAAUUUCGCGCUGUCAAGUCGGUGCCUUUACCUUUUAGUUACGAGGACGAAGACAAAGAUCUAUAGUUCGUUUUUUCACAUAUUGAUAAUUGUAAAGUUUUGUUAUUUAUUCGUUACAAAAGUAUAAAUAAAAUUCCAAAACUAAGAAAACAAAACAUCCAACAAAAAGAUUCACAGAGUUGGCAUUGAACAAGAAAA